AAGCGGUUGACUGAAACAGCUUUCGUUAAUCCUUACCUAGCUUCUAAAAAAGGCGGAUGUUUCUGAGAAAAGGAUUGCUUUUCUGCUUCUGGAUUGGCUUAUACUGGAAUACCCAUACAGGACGAUCAUGGCGCGCGCGUUAGAUAGAGAUCUAGCGCCAUCGGCUGACAAAAAGCGAAAGCUGUCUGCACUCUUGGCUAUCGAGCAUGCCCUCCAGACAUACGGCAACCCUAAAUCGACAAUGGACGACACCAAACCAAGUCGAAACAAAAUAGAUGCGUCACUUGAAAAGCCCAACGCUAUAGGGAUUGCAGAUCAUGCAUAUCCUGAUGGGCCGACACUUUUAGCAUGGGUAUCUUCGUUGUCUAGAAUGGUCCGUGAUGACGGCGACAGUAGUCGAUCGAUGACCCGCCUCAUAAGUCUCGCACUAGAUGUAUCCAUAGCGGUAUCUCGUAUCCUUGCGGAUCAAACUCUGCAAGAGCUUCAAUUCAUGGAGGCUAUUCGCAAUGCUGCGCUGGUUAUCGAGGUCGGCGCCAAUGAAGGAGAGAGCUUGGCUGAUCAGACAACCUAUAGAUGGUGCUUUUCACAGAGUAUGCAGCGCAUUCAAAUGAUGCUAACGGAGUAUCAAUCGUGGAACCUGAAGAUAUCUGCAAUGGAAUCCGCAGGGCUGGCGGAUACACUAAAAUUCAUCCAGCUGUUCAACAAUCAUCGAUUUACCGAUGGAGACCUUCAAUCGCAUAAGGACCUGAGAUCAUUCGCCCAGUCCUGGGGCAUUCUUUCUUCUGUCCUUUUUCAAAGGGGCACUGCCCUGGCAUUAGCAGCAGCAAUGGAGCAAAUUCUGGAACUGAUACCAAAAGCAUCUUAUUGCAAGCAAGGUUGCUUGGCGUCUGCCUCUUGCUUGGAUACUGUGAUCCAUCCAUACCAUCGGACGAAAUCUAUCAAAAACUAGGGGACAUGAAAUCAGAUCUACUUUCUCUCUCGAUCUCCACGGUUUCGCAAGAGUCCGUGGUCGGUAGGGAUGUAGCAAUGGCGCUUCACAAGCUCUUCGCCGCAGCCAUGACAGAGCAAGACUUUGAUCGGAUAAAGUCCAUGAUCUCCAUCAUUGUGGAUAAUCCACUGGAGAUUGCUACAGACUCUGCAGAACUAGUGGCGGGAUUUGUCAUUUUGUUCCCGAGAUUUCUCCUCCCAGAACUUCUAAAACAUGUCCAGUGCAACGAUGACGACGGAAGCCUUACAACCGACGAUUCGGCAUUCGUGUCAAGGACAUGGAAUGCGGUUCGCGUUGUAGAAGAAUUGGUGAAAGGAAACUUUUUUUGCAAGGCCCUCU